AGAAGCGCUACGUCAUAUCGGACCAAGAUGCCCGAUUGGUUUAGGCCACUGGUUUUGACGAUUGUCCCCCUAUUGCAAGUUUUAAUACCGACUAUUCAUAUGAUCAUUGGACUCAAGAAAGGCAAAAGUGCCCUCCGCAUUAUUUCGCUUCAUGCUUUUAUCACAUACAUAUGGUGGAUACUCUAUCUUUUUGCAUGCGGGGCUUCUAAGUGUGCUCAGUAUGGUAAAGGUUUAGGAGAUUUAGUGAUCAUGGGGUUUAUAAUGGUGUUAUUCGGUUAUAUCUUUAUGCUGAUUGAGUCGUGCUACAGUUCUGAAAAACAAUACAUUGCAAAUUUUUCUACAGAUAUCUCUGUUAUUGAAUACGUCAACAAAUUGAAAAAUACCGACCCUGUAAGGCAGAUGACGGUAGAAUGCUACCACAUGGAGACGAGAACCCGCACAGUUACAUACACUGACGCACAAGGAAACACCCAGACAAGGCUAGAAACCUAUCAAGAGAUGGUGAUUACAUACACAGAAAACAAGGUUUUCCCUAUCGCCCGAUCAGCUGAUGUUUCUGAUCCGGGGGGCAUACAGUUUGACUCGCAAAGCGUCACUCGUCUAAAGCUUGAACAAUCUGUUAACUGCGGCGACGCUCAAACUACGGAAAAAUUCAACGAAAUGCAAGAACAAAUGAUUGAAGAAAAUAAACACAGAGAUGAAAGUAUUUGCUUUUCGUACGUUGAUAUCAUUGAAGGGUUCCAGAAACGGUUUUGUGCCUAUGCUGAUGCUAGAUACCGAACUUUCUGGAUGAAUCUCUUCACCUAUUGGGUUGCCACCGUUUUUGGCUUAACUUGGGUGUACAGAGCUUUUUUCAGCUGGAAAACAAAAAAAGUUGAAUACACAAUAAAGAAAGACAUAUUCUUUGGGACAGAAAGCUCAGUCAGCGGGCCGCAGAUUGUGCACCGCCAAGAUGACUCUCAUAACGCAAGUCACAAUGCACUACCCCCACCAGCACAGCAACCAAGGAUCGAAAAGCAGAUUUCCACAGGGGUGUCUGGGGUACAAUAUCAACAAGCUCCGUACCCAGUCCAAUACCCAGGCCAAUACCCAGCCCAAUACCCAGCCCAAUACCCAGCCCAGUAUCGACCCCCAUACCCAGCCCAGUAUCGACCCCCAUACCAAGCCCCAUAUCAAAUCUCGCACCCUGCCCAAUACCAAGCCCCAGCCUCAGCCUCAGCCCCAGUCCCUGCCCCAGCCCCAGCCCCAGCUCAAGCCCAUGUUCAAGCCCCGGCCUACAUUAGAAUUUCUGGCAUGGGAAACAGAUCAUUUCAAGGUAGCACGUAUUAGUGUUUUCGUUAUCCAUCAGACAGGUCAGGUUAAUUUUUUGACUGUUCGAACUAGAUCGAAAUUAUUUCAUAAUUUUUUAAACAUUUCAUUGACUCUUGAGUUAUCAGACAUUGGCAACGUUUAUUCUACAAUUUCUAAAUCACAAGUAGUGGGUUUUACUUGAUUAAUCAACUCUGAGUGAUCAAUUAAUUCUAAAUUUAGCAUGUUAUUUAAAAAUUAGAGAUCUCUACCUUGAAAUUUUGAAACUUCAAUAACCAUUUGAUAAUUAGCUAUUUCUUAUUUCUGUGAGGAUAAUAUGUCAGGCGUAAUCUGUCAAGAUGAAGUUUUACCUCAAUUUCACUUGAUGCAACGCCUUUUAAUUACUGUGUUAUAAACUAAUCUAGCUAUCUUUGUUUAUUAAGAUGCAUUUAGCCGUUUAGUGAUAAGGCUAAACUUUAUCCAGAGUAAUGAUCCAUUGAUGGUCAUUCCAUAUAAAAUCAAUAGUGAUAUUACAAAUUCACACACCUGAGAAAAUUGUGACCAUGUUGUCAUAGAAUUAGGACCUUUUUUGUCCAUCUCUAAAGUUUUGUCAAUCACGAAAAUUCCCUAAUUUUGAGUAAAUUAUCUCAAAUCUUUUUCGAAAUAUACCCUUCCAAAGUUUUGCUGUUUUGUUCAAAAAUUAAGAAAAAGGGCGUGGAACUUAAUUGUGGCGAUUUGGCCUAAAUUCUAAUAACUGCCGUGUUUCGUCUAUUGAAACAGUAAAAUAUCGCGUUAUAGCUAUUUGAUGGGUGCUGAUUUCAAAUUUGCAAUUUAAAACUCCAUAUGACAUAUGGAUUUUGCAUUGAUAUUA